AUUUCCGAUCUCCAUCUUGCGGGGAGUGAUCGUGUUGUGCUAAUAUUUGAGUAUUUCACCCAAUUUACCCGAUAUGUCUAAGAUUGGUAUCAACGGUUUUGGCCGUAUUGGGCGUCUCGUACUCCGUGCGUCCAUCGAGAAGGGUGCCCAGGUUGUUGCCAUCAAUGACCCCUUCAUUGGGCUAGACUACAUGGUUUACCUAUUCAAAUAUGAUUCCACACACGGUCGCUUCAAGGGGACUGUUGAAGUUCAAGAUGGCAACCUUAUUGUUAAUGGAAAUAAAAUUGCUGUCUUCUCAGAAAGGGAUCCAAAAGCUAUCCCCUGGGGCAAGGCUGGAGCUGAAUAUGUUGUAGAGUCUACUGGUGUCUUUACUACCAUUGAAAAAGCCUCUGCUCACUUGGAGGGUGGUGCCAAAAAGGUUAUCAUUUCUGCUCCCAGUGCUGAUGCUCCCAUGUAUGUAGUUGGUGUUAACCUUGACUCUUAUGACCCCUCAGCCAAGGUCAUUUCUAAUGCUUCCUGCACCACCAACUGUCUUGCUCCCCUUGCAAAGGUCAUCCAUGAUAACUUUGAGAUAAUUGAGGGUCUCAUGACCACAGUACAUGCCACUACAGCAACCCAGAAGACUGUCGACGGCCCCUCUGGCAAAUUGUGGCGUGAUGGACGUGGCGCACAGCAAAAUAUCAUUCCUGCUUCAACUGGUGCUGCUAAAGCUGUAGGCAAAGUCAUUCCUGCUCUCAAUGGUAAACUUACUGGUAUGGCCUUCCGUGUCCCUGUUGCUAAUGUGUCUGUUGUCGACCUCACUGUCCGCCUAGGAAAGCCUGCCUCCUAUGACGCCAUCAAGCAGAAGGUCAAGGAAGCUGCUGAAGGUCCCAUGAAGGGCAUUCUCGGUUACACUGAAGAUCAAGUUGUGUCCACUGAUUUUAUUGGUGACACUCAUUCCUCAAUCUUUGAUGCUGCUGCUGGUAUCUCACUGAAUGACAACUUUGUUAAACUUAUCAGCUGGUAUGAUAAUGAGUAUGGAUACUCUAGCAGAGUCAUUGAUCUCAUUAAGUUCAUCCAGUCAAAGGAUUAAAUAUCAUUAUUAGUAGUGAUAAAAAUGCGUUUAUUCGAGAUUACUGAUGCUUAUGAUUUAAGUUUUAAUUAUAGCUGUUUUAAAAUCUAAAUUAUUUACUACUUUUGACAGUAGUGUAAUGUUUGUUGUUUAAAAAAUAUAUUGUUAUUAAAGAACAAUAACUGUAUGUGUAAGUGUAACAGCAAAAUAAAUUAAUAUU